GGUAGUCGACCGCGAGGAACGCAACACGCAUUUCGCCAAGUUUCGCCUGGCGUAUCGGCAACACGCCAGACACGCGCCUAUCUACAAAAUCUUUCAUCGCACCCAACCGGUAUAUCUCUCUCUGUGAAUUGACGACCCGAUUAAUGCAGCGCUGCGCGACCCUCCUUUGAAAUGUUAAUUGCGACGGAAACGCGUCAAAAACAGUCGAUUCGAUUUUGAUGGUUUUUCGGCGCCUUCAUUUUCACCAUCGGCAACACGCGCAUAUUUCCUACCGUCUUUUCGGUAUUCUGGCGUCGCACUAUUGCUUAUCGAUAACCCGCGAACCGUAAUAAUUACGGAUUUUUGGUGGUCAUUUUCGGGUCAGUCGUAAAACGAAUUUCUAGGAUUUGAAAGUUCGGGUUUGGUUAACUGGCACAGAGCGCUUGUGAACCUGCAUUCUGGCUUCGGGUAACGCAGACAGAACAUUAUCCGAAAGGAAAAAUUUCGUGUCCGCAUAUUUCUAUAUUCUAUUUAUGCAAGUUUUUCGAUUGUUACUUCGUCAUUUGUGAUUCAAGAACUUAUGUACAGUUGAAAAUUUAUUUAGCAAGACCUUAUUCUGAUGUUUAUAAUGUCUUCAAAAAUCCGCCUUAUGUGAAGAAUCAAACUGUGUAGGUACACUGUGACGGCAUUUUGAAAAAUUGCGCAAAUGGAAUUGCUGACCUAGAUUUUACGAAAUUGUACGGCAUAAAACUCCCGGUCCGGUUCUUAACUAUCCUUUCCACACGAAUAAUUUCAUCUCCUUUUCGCAUUGUUCUGAUUAAAUUCAUACAUUGUUUAUAAUUUGUGAAGCUCACCCCGGUUUUAUUAUCUCUCACCAGCCGAGUUACCGGCGUUCAUUAGACGUCAUCUCUUGCCCUCUGAGGUGAAUUUUUGAAAGUGAAGAAACGUUAAAAAUGGAAGGAGUUGCAGUGAAGUUGCGGUAGCCGUCAAGAUGUAUCAACUGACAGAAAUACUAAUAGUACUCCUUAUCGUCAACGUCUCAUCGGUUUCAGCCUCGAGCCUCGCAGCGCCGCAGGGCCAGCCUCAGGCAGGAGCGCCCCUGGGGGCAACCACCGGGACCUCGGUCAAAGUCAAUCGGAGGACCUUCAGGGACUGGAGGAGAGGAGAUCCCACUUUGGUCAGAAACCUCGGCAAUAGAGAUUCCUUAGGCAACGCGCAGUUCUACAUCAUCCUGGCACUAUGCAUCGGGUUCGUGUCGGUGGUGGUGGGCUGCUGGCUCUCGGACAACUGCUGGUCCCCGGAGCCGGAGACGUGCGUGACGCUGGCAUAGCCAUUGCCGAUGGCGCAGCGCCUCCAGUCCCAGUGUCAGUCCGGGCCCAACAACACCUCCUCCCCGAUCCGGGUCACUCGCUUCGGCUGUCGCCUCCACGGAUUCUGACCAACCGCCCAAGCCACCCUCGCUUGGCUCCUCCGCUCCGUGCACUCUCUCACCUCCGCGCUCUGGCGACUCGACCAGACGGACAAGUCCAUACUGCCUAGGUAGAAAGAGCCCCGAUCAGUGCUCCCAU